CAGGUUUUCAUAUAGAAUUGAACAUGGGAAUAUAAACACUUCAUUCAUCAUAGAUCCUUUCAGUGGGGUCAUUUCAGUCAACAGUCACCUGGAUAGGGAGAUGUGGUCAUUUUAUAACAUGACUGUCCUGGCUGUAGAUGAGGGCUCACCUGCUGUUACUGGAAGCACAAAGGUGUCUGUUACAGUCAUUGAUGUCAAUGAUCAUGCUCCCAAACUGUUGACCACAGAGGGCUUUAUCAGGGAAAACCAACCUCCUGGGACAGUGGUAACCACCUUAACAGCAACAGAUGAUGAUCUUCCUCCAAAUCAAGGCCCUUUCACUUAUUGGCUAAUCAGACCUGCUGUGGGAAACAGUUUUUCCCUCACAUCUGAUGGAGUUCUCUUUGCCUCAAGGCCCAUUGAUAGAGAGCGCAACCCUCUUUUUCAUCUGCACAUUGCGAUCCAAGAUGCUGGUAAGCCACCAAUGUCCUCCACCACUGUGUUUCAUAUUAAGGUUCUGGAUGAAAAUGACAAUGCACCAUUUCUGAGAAACAUCAAUAUUUUAGUGAAAUAUUAUGGAAGUUCCUUCACCGGAGGGCUCAUUGGAAACGUGAGACCAAAUGAUCUGGAUGAACUGGAUGUGUUUAAUUGUACAAUCAGAAAUGGGCCACUCAGGAUGUUCAGUUUUCCAUUUGGAAUGUGUAAUUUAUGGUCUUCCUCAUUCCAAGGGGAGGCAACGUAUAAUAUUUCCAUCGAAGCACAUGACCAGCUCCACCCUUCUGUCAACAAUAGCAUUUAUAUAAAUUAUAAAGGCUUUACCAAUGUCUCUCUGGACAACUGUGUUCUGUUCUACAUCUCUAUGUCUACUCUUGAAGAGUUUCUGUCUUUGAAGUAUUUAAAAUUUGUCAAAGCUUUGGAUAGCCUAUUUAAUCUACAAGCAUCCAAAACACAUGUGUUUGGAAUAAAGUUACAAGGAGAUAAAAUGCUGCUUUUGGCUGCGGUGAAAAGCUACAAUGGACAGUAUCUAACUGGAGAGGUGGCAAGUGGAAUAUCAAACAUGCAUAAAAGGUUACUGGAAGCACAAAGCAAUGUAACUAUAUCACAAAUAACCAGUGACCCAUGUAGACUCAAUCCUUGCCAAAAUGGUGCCACAUGCAACAGAAACAUUCACAUCAGUCAAGAUGUUGCUGUCUUGGAAAGUUCUAGUCUCAUUUUUGUAUCUCCCAAUUUUGUUGAAAUCUUUAAUUGCACUUGCCCAACAGGCUUUACAGGAGUGUCGUGUGAGCUAGAUUUUGAUGAAUGUUACAAGGAACCUUGUAAAAAUGGGGGAACCUGCUAUAACCAUCCAGGAACAUAUUUUUGCCAAUGCAAAGAUGGAUUCUCUGGGCUACAUUGUGCUAUUGUUGAUAACGAAUGUAAAACAGUUGUAUGUUUAAAUGGAGGAACAUGUUGGAACAGGCAAGGAGGGUUUAUCUGUGACUGCAGCCCAGGAUUUGAAGGAAGAUUUUGCGGUCGUAUUAUGGACCAUUGUUCAUCCACCCCUUGUGUAAAUGGAAAAUGCUCAAAUUUUUUAACUGGAUACUCUUGUCAGUGCCCAUUUGGUGCAUCUGGAAUCAAUUGUGAAGAAAACAGUUAUGGCUUUCAGGAGCUUUCUUAUAUGGAGUUUCCUCCAUUAGAUCUCCACUAUAACUUCAUCUCUGUGGAAUUUGCAACUGUACAGCAAAACUCCUUACUUUUCUACAACCAUGGUGACCCGUCAACUUCAGAGUUCUUGGCACUUGAAAUUGUGGGUGGAAGACUGUGGCUCUCUUAUGAUCUUGGAUCUGGGGUAAUUAGAUUGGAGACAAGAAAGUUAGUGGCAGAUGGAAGCUUUCACAACAUCACUGUCAGAAGAACUGGAAAUAUAGCCUAUCUUGAAUCAGACAGCUGCUCUGCCACUGAACCACAAGGCUUUUGCUUAUCACAAAGUGGUGGCUCUGGAACUCAAAAGACCUUGGAAGUGAAUGCAAAUAACUUGACAUUUGGUGGAGUAAAGUCCAUUGGUGUCAUUUUGCUGAAACAAAUUAGGACCCAUGAUUUUGUUGGAUGUAUGAGAAACAUACAAGUGAACAACAUUGGUCCAGAUACCUUAAAAGCCCUGGCAUCUCAGAAUGUUCUUGAUCGGUGUCCAAGGGCAGAUAUUCCUCCCUGCCAGACUGCAGAGUGUUUAAAUGGAGGAGUUUGUCAAGACAGAUGGUCCCACCACCACUGCCAGUGUAGAGAUCAUUUUAUAGGAGCCAACUGUGCCAAUUUGGCUGAGCAGCAUGUAUUGUUUCUAAAUGGGGAGGCCUACAUUGAGUUUGCCGUCAAGGAAAGAUACAGAAGAAACCAGCUUUUGCAAGUCAUUCUGGAUGGGAAGGAAGGGGAGACUCAGGGAUUUUACAAUGUUGAGAUCAAGAUAAGGACUUUUAGAAAAAAAUGUAUUUUGAUUGUGUUUUGGAGUCAAACAGUGCAUUUAGCUCUUAAGAUAUCAGACGGACAACCCAUGUAUGUUUUCACAAAUAUCACAUCUGGUCAGCAACAGGAGCUUUCUGUGGAGGGAUAUGUUUCAGAUGGACAGUGGCAUGUUCUUCAACUGCAUAGAAAGGGGCCUUACAUAACUCUGUUUCUGGAUGAACAGCCUGUUAUGAACACCACCAACAGCACCAUAACCAACUCAGCAUUCAUAGUAGAGACCAUUUAUCUGGGCACUGCUCCUUCGAGUGAAUCCAGAGAUCAGAACUCAGGUUUUAAAGGGUGUGUGGAAUAUAUAAAAUUCAACGACCACAUCCUAUCCUUCAAUGGCUACAAUGACAUAGUUGAGGCCAGGUCAAGCCCCUCUGUCUUCCAAAACUUCUGCAUUUCUCCAAACCACUGUGUUAUAACUCCAUGCCUCCAUGACUCCUGUCUUUCUAAGCCCUGCUGGAAUGAUAGUAACUGUGGUUCUCCCUCCAGAGAGGACUACUGGUGCAUAUGUCUACACAAUGUAUCUGGAUCUUUAUGUGGAUCUUGCUCAGCCGACACUUCACCCAGUGUGACCUGUUCUCAACCUCAUGAGAGUAUCCCCUUGUGGAUUAUUGCAGUUGUUAUUUCCAUUGGCCUAAUUUUGCUUAUCCUGGUUCUAUGCAUUGUCCUCAGGAGACAUGGCAAACUCUGUGAUUGCAAAACAAGGAGUCAUACCUACCUCACGCCACCAACCAAACAGCAUGGCACAGAUAACCUGGCAUUUACUUUAGGCCUUGCUGACGAGUGUCCUCGGAACAUCUCAAUUGAGGGUAGCAAGCAGCCAGAUUUGAUAAAGCCAAGAGAUUCAUCACAUGGAGUUGAAAGUUAUAGUGAAGGUGGUCCCUCUUGUCAUGGUUUUGGAGGGAGUGAACUAGAGUACUAUGAGAUUGACAGUGCAUACACAGUUUGCAGCUCAGAUAUCAAGACCCUGCAGCUGAGAAAAGAUGUUCCUGGUAUUGAUUCUCAAUCCAUGAAAGAUAGAGCAAUCAUGCAACCUCAAACUAGUCAUGUGCCACCUUCUCCUGAACUUUAUCAGAAGAUGCCGGGUGGCGAUUUUCACCAUUGGCAACGUCAAUCCCAUGUAUUCUCUAGGAGAAAACAACCUUCUAACUUGACAGGUCCCCCACAACAUCUCUCAGCAGAUGAAGUUGAGAAACUGAAUAACCCACCAGAACAGACGGGAUACCAUAAUUUCAAUGCGUGUCCCAUAAAGAUAUUCAGAGCCGUCAGCUCAGGCGGGGGAAUAGAGACAUCAUCAGAGAGUGAAAGUCAUUGCUCCUUUACUGCUUCUGAGUUCUAUUGUGACAGAGAACUGUCCCUCAUCAGUUCACAGGACAACAAAGAUGAACAUCAAUCUGAAGCUGCAGAUUGGCCCAGAGGGCAUUUUAUUCUGAUGGCCCCUUCACCCUUCAGAGAUGUGGCCCCAUCCCCCUGUGUCCAGAGUCUGCCCAACACCUCUGUCUCCAGUGGGAUCCAGCAAAUAGAGAGUCUUCUAAAUCUAGGAGUUCAUUUUAAUACCUAUGCAGAUGCUGGAACAAGGCUGUGGGGAUUUUCUCGCAUUCAGAGACAAGAGCAUCAGUGAAGUCACUUAUUUUAGGAGACUGUGCCUGGCCCACUGUUACACAUUCCAUUUCAUCCUAAAAGUGUUAAAACAUCUUGUUAAAACAAAAUGACCAUUGUCAUCUUAGUCUUGACAAUCUUAGGUGAACUUUAUUAUAUCCCACAGAACUACUAUGGAUGACUGCUUCUUCAGAUAACACCUACAGUAUGGCUGCUUGAGAAAGGUGGAAAAUGGUUUAAGCAGGUAGGGCUGCAGUCCAGUUCCCUUUGAUACCCGUUUGUAUGGGGGAGUAGCAUGCAAAUUGUACUCGCCAAUUCUCACUGGCCUUUUCUCAAAGAUUUGAAGGUGUUUUUGGGCUCCCAAGAGCGACCCCUUGUGUCAUUACAUUGAUACAGCGUUGAGUAUGUGACAGAAGGGGAACCAAUUUUAUAGGCACAUACCAUAAGUUUUUGGCUACAAUAAGGCUAUUGAACAUUUUCACAGUUUUAAAAUAUACAGUUUGGCGAACAUACAAUGCAUUAAGCUUUUGUGUCAACAUGCCCCACUAUAUAGGGUAAGUUGUCACAAUGGGAACCUGCUGUUUUUAUAACAAUUUGAGAACAAUACUUUCUUAAAAAAGCCACCAUCUACAACACAUCUCUAUUUAAAAUGUAUUAUAUUUAAUGUAUUUUCAGCUAACUGUACAGAGUAAAGCAAACAAAGAACAAUAUGGAAAAACAGCAAAAAAUGGGAAAUAUAACAUACAAAAAUAUCAAACCAUCUUAUCUGCUUUGGUCAACAUACAGUAUAUUGUAAAAAAUCAUUUGUAUAAAAUUGUAACAUUUCACAUGACAGUUUUUUUUAAGAAACUUAGAGUAAUUGAGUUAGUUCAGGGAAAUGGGGUUCAAUUAAUCUUGUAAUAAUGAAACUAAAUGUUUUAUGUCAAACUAAUAUAUGUUGUCUAAGAGGUGCUGUUGUAGUCUAACUUAGGGUUAACAUAUAUUAUUAUAAGCAGAUGGCAGUAUAAAUGAAUAAAUUAAGAUGCUUCCAAGAGUUUGUCUCGAAAGAAUGACAGAAAGAGUGGUUUUGUACAAGAGGUCACUAAUACUAUAACAAAAAGUUUCUUUUUGGGCAAUAGAAUUGGUUAAAUUGGGAACAUUCAUUUUAUUGCAUAUUUCUGUUGUUCUGCAACAUUUGAUCACAGUUACAUACAACAUAUUCGAUUUAAAUGUUCACUAAC